AGGAUGGACCAGCAGCUGGUUCGGUGAUACAGACGUUAUUCUGUCUCUAUCCAUGGUCUGCCCUAUCGCUCUCGCCCCAACUUCUGCCUUCUAUGGAAGAAGAAGCAGCGUCUCAUUAUUCGCAUUCCCCCCACGAAGAACACCACCUCCCUCUUCUCUGUUUGCAGCUCUCGAUCGACGAAUCCCACCUACCACAAAAUGUGCCGUCUCCUCUGAAGCAGUCGCCGGUGGUCUUCCCAACAAGGUGAAGAUCCGGUGUGCUGAAAUCAUACCGCAAGAGCGAUCGUCAGAAGUACCUGGCACUGUUUCUGUCCUCCAAAGGAUUCUGCCAUGCUUCUUGCUGUCCAUUUUCUUGUCAUUUACCUGCGGUACCUCUCUAGCAGCGGUUGACGACUCGAUUAGAGCUUCUGGGUUCGGGCUAAAGGUAGCCACGGGCUUGAGAAAAUCUGGUUGGAUCGAUGAGGCCAUUGUGUUCUUUCUUGCUACUCUUCCAGUGAUUGAGCUUCGUGGUGCCAUCCCCGUGGGGUAUUGGAUGCGGCUAGAUCCGCUGAAGCUCACCAUCGUCUCUGUUCUAGGGUUUGUGGUUCAAUUCUGAACUUACAUUGCUAGUUAG